GCGUGUGGCAGUUUGUGUUAAGGACGCUUUUUAACCCUUUUUGCCACGUAAAUUAAAUUAAAGUUGCUUGAAGCGCUAUCUCAAAAAUGAUUAUCUACACAAAUGAGGGCAAUCCGCUCGGUCUGCAGCUGCUGAUGCUGGCGAAAUUCGCCAAGCAAGCGGUGCAGGUGCAGUUGGUUAACCUAAAUGAUGCCAAGUACAAGGAUUUGCUGGUGUUGCCCACUAUCGAGUUAGACAAUGGAAUGCGAUUGUUCUCAGCCGCAGCCAUCGCCAAAUAUCUGCUGGGUGAUGAGGGUCAGCAGAGGGACGAGUGGCUGGAGUGGUCCACAACACUGCUGGCGCCAGCUUUGGCUCACUAUAUGGCCGUGGGACAUCGUGCCGAUCCAAAUGCUUUGCCCGUGCUCAACAGUCUGGUGAAGAAACUUAAUGAUUCCCUAAAGAAUGCAGCCUUUUUGGCUGGCGAUAAACUGACAGCAGCUGAUAUUGCUGUGUGGUCGCUUUUGGCGCCAGAUGGCACUCUGAAGGGCGCCCAAAACGUGGAGAAUCUGCGCAGCUGGUAUGACAAGAUUAAGGCACUUCCCGAGGUGCAGCAGGUGUUGAGUGAGCAUCCGCUCAAGGAUCUGAGCUUUAAUGCCCUGCAGCACUCAAAUCGCUACGGCGGCUUGCAUCAUGUGCCGCUCAAGCGUGCCAGCCUUGCAGAUGCCGGCAAUCUGCUGGCCGACACUGGCUCCCAGACACUGGCAGACACCAUCACCGACGAGGAGAUCAAUGCUGCCCGCACUGCCUUCGCAUUCAGUCAACCCAAGGAGUUCGCCGAACCGCGCAUUGUGCUGCCCAAGGCGGGUGAGCGUAAUGUGCUCAUCACCUCGGCUCUGCCGUAUGUCAACAAUGUGCCACAUCUGGGCAACAUCAUUGGCUGUGUGCUGUCCGCCGAUAUCUAUGCUCGCUACGCCCGUAGCGUUGGCUACAACACACUCUUCAUCUGUGGCACGGAUGAGUACGGCACGGCGACGGAGAACAAGGCUCUGGCCGAGAACCUGACGCCACGUGAGAUCUGCGACAAGUACUUUGAGCUGCACAAUGCCAUUUAUCGCUGGUUUGGCAUUGGAUUCGAUUUCUUUGGUCGCACCACGCACCAGGAGCAGACUGAUAUUGUUCAAGAGGCUUUCAAGGAUGUCUACAAUGCUGGCUAUAUACUCACGGAGAGCGUGGAACAGUUGCUGUGCCAGAAAUGCGAUCGCUUCCUGGCUGAUCGCUUUGUGGAGGGCACUUGUCCGCAUCCUGGCUGUGGCUAUGAGGAUGCACGUGGCGAUCAGUGCGACAAGUGUGGCAAGCUGGUGAAUGCCACCGAGCUGGUGCGUCCACGCUGCAAGGUGUGCAACAGCGCACCUGUGCUUCGUUCCUCCGAUCAGCUGUUCAUAGAUCUGCCCAAGGCGGAGCCGCUGCUGCGGGAAUGGGUGGAUCGUGUGGAGAACGGCUGGACACACAAUGCACGGGUCAUCACACGUGCCUGGCUACGUGAGGGUCUCAAGCCGCGUUGCAUUACCCGCGAUCUCAAAUGGGGCAUACCUGUGCCGCACAAGAAUUUCGAGAAGAAGGUCUUCUACGUGUGGUUCGACGCACCUUAUGGUUAUGUGUCCAUGACGAAACGCUAUACCAAGGAGUAUCUGCAGUGGUGGCGACCCGCCAAGGGCACCGAUGUGGAGCUCUUCCAGUUCAUGGCCAAGGACAAUGUGCCCUUCCAUUCGGUGGUGUGGCCCAGUGUCCUGCUGGCCAUUAACAAGGGCAACACGCUGGUUAGCCACAUCAUGGCAACAGAGUAUCUCAACUAUGAGGAUGGCAAGUUUAGCAAGAGUCGCGGCAUUGGCGUCUUUGGCAAUGAUGCUCAGGAGACGGGCAUUCCAGCGGACGUUUGGCGUUUCUAUUUGGCCUCGGCUCGCCCUGAGGGUCAAGACUCCAGCUUCAGCUGGAACGAUCUGGCUGCCCGCAACAACUCCGAGCUGCUCAACAAUCUGGGCAACUUUGUCAAUCGUGCAUUGGUCUUCUGCGAGAAGAACUUUAACAGCACUGUGCCCGAGAUGGUGCUCGGCCAGGAUGAGCUUGUCCUGCUGGCGCUGAUCAAUCGCGAGCUGCGUGGUUACAUCAACUCGCUGGAGAAGGCCAAGCUGCGCGAUGGCAUACGUCAUUUCUUGGCCAUUUCACGACAUGGCAAUGGCUACAUGCAAACCCAACAGCCCUGGGUCCUGCUCAAGGGCAACGAGGAGCAAAAGACAAGAGCCGGCAGCAUUAUUGGUCUGUGCACCAACAUAGCCUGUCUGUUGGCCAAUCUGCUCUUCCCCUACAUGCCGAGCACGGCGCGUACUCUGUUUGCCCAACUGAAUGCCAAGCAGACGCCACUCAAUGCCGACAAACCAUUUGUAUCUAUCUUGUUGCCCGCUGGACACAAGAUCGGCAAACCUUCGCCGCUGUUCAGCAAACUGGAGCAGUCCUUCAUCGAUGAGCUGAAGAGCAAGUAUGGCGGUGUACAGGACACCAAGGCAGCAGCGGGACAGCAACCAAGUGCGGCGGAGUUGGAGGCGGCUGUGCAGGCUCAGGCCGAGAAGGUGCGUCAGUUAAAGAGCAGCACCAAGGACAAAGCUGUGUGGCAGCCAGAGGUCAACAAAUUGCUGGAGCUUAAGAAACAACUGGAAGCGGCACAGAAGACAGCGGCGGUCACAGCUCCAGCAGCAGCUACAGCUCCACAGACUGCCUCACAGUCUGUACAGGAUCUGGAGAAGGCUGUGCAGGCACAGGGGGAGAAGGUGCGUCAGUUAAAGGACAGCACAAAAGACAAGGCUGUGUGGCAGCCAGAGGUAAAUGUGCUGCUCGAUCUGAAAAAGAAACUGGAGGCAGCCAAAGCAGCGCCUCCUACCGCUGCACCUCCAGCUGCCGCCUCCGCUUCUGCCGCUCCAGAUGCAGGCAAGGUCAAAGCAUUAGAAGACAAAAUUGCCCAGCAGGGGGAGAAGGUGCGCACUCUGAAAGCGUCUGGGGAUGCCUCCGUUUGGAAACCCGAAGUGGAUACUCUCCUGAGCCUCAAGAAGGAGCUGACGGCACUGACUGGCGCACCAGCAGCUCCAGCUGGAGGGCAGGGCAAGAAUAAGAAGAAAAAGUAAAGCUCAUCACAUGUCUUCUACAAUAUUUAAAGGUUGCAAACUUUUGUGGACAAUUCUAUUCAUUUUCAUUAAGUUAUUUCGCGUUGCUUUUGCAUUUAAACAAGUUUUGUAUUUAUUUAAAUAACAAGUAUUGCUAUUUUCUCUUAGUAAUUUAUUGAGUUUGUGAAUGAAAUAAAUAAAUAUGUGCUGACUUUCAUACCAA